AGGAAGGCUUUGUGAGCGAGCUCUCAAAUUACGCGCACGAAGUUGGAAGCUGAGACGCUUGGAAGGAAAAUUGACUGUUGACAGUCGAGGCAGUGAAGGAAAUUAUUGUGGGUACAUCUACUCAACGUUUGCGCGUAAAUUAAGUAUUGGGUCGUGAUACGUUCUUUUGCCUUUCGGAGAAGGCGCGUGGGGAGAACGCAAUUUGUCAUUCGUUUAAUCGUAAGGCACAGCCUGCAUUAUGAGGUACAGCUAUGGCAGGCAAGGGUAAGACAGCUGCGAGGACGCUGGAGGAUUUAACGCUCGAUUCCGGUUAUGGUGGCGCGGCGGACUCCUUCAGGUCGUCCAGCGUGUCACUUUGUUGCUCUGACACGCAUCUAUCGUAUGCGCAUGGGGGAAACUGCUGGCAUCUAACGGAAUCCAUGCACAGUAGACACAACAGUUUAGACACGGUGAAUACCGUCCUGGCGGAAGAUACGGAAAUCCUGGAGUGUUCCGGGCAGAGUGCUAAACUGCCCGAGCUGGAGGAAGUACCUUGGAGCCUGGGAGAGGUGGAAGGCGCGCUCCGCAAAAACGAAGAGCUACGAGUGUCUAAUGCGUCGCGAGAAAUUUUGGCCAAGCUAUCAGCUCUAGUGAGCCGGGCACUAGUGAGGGUUGCCCGGGAAGCGCAACGGUUGAGCCUACGUUAUGCCAAAUGCACCAAACACGAAAUUCAGAGCGCCAUCAAAGUGGUCCUCUCCUGGACCAUCUCCGUCAACUGUAUCACGGCAGCGCUCAGCGCGCUAUCGCUCUACAAUAUGAGCACCGGCGAUAAGUUCAGCCGUGGGAAGUCGGCCCGGUGUGGUCUGGUAUUUUCAGUAGGAAAGUUCUUCAGGUGGAUGGUGGACAGCCGCGUGGCUCUCAGGAUUCACGAGCACGCGGCGAUUUACCUGACGGCUUGUAUGGAGAGCCUCUUCCGAGAGGUGUUUGGCCGGGUUCAGAGAAGCGCACUCGUCGAGAAAGAGGACGGAGUUCCAAAGUUUACCUUGGAGUCUCUAGAACAGGCCAUUAACAAUGAUUCGGAGCUAUGGGGUCUAUUGCAACCGUACCAGCAUCUAAUUUGUGGCAAAAAUGCGAGCGGUGUGCUGAGUCUGCCGGAGAGCCUGAACCUGCACCGGGAGCAGCAACGAGCAGGGAAAGGCGCAGAGGGCCAUGCCUUCAGCCAGGCAGAGCUUCGCACCAUCGAACAGUGCCUCCUGGCCACGCGCGUGGGAAGCAUUGCCGAGCUCAGUGACCUGGUGUCUCGCGCCAUGCAUCACCUACAACCCCUGCACAUCAAGAACCCUAGCAAUGGAACACCGGUGCACCAGAGUCGUAGUGGAGCCAUACACUGGGAGCCAGAGGCUCUCUACACACUCUGCUACUUCAUGCACUGCCCCCAGAUAGAGUGGGAGAACCCCAACGUGGAGCCUUCAAAAGUCACCCUGCAUACGGAAAGGCCGUUCAUCGUGCUGCCGCCGCUGAUGGAGUGGGUCCGCGUGGCCGUGGCGCAUAGCGAGCACCGGCGCAGCUUCUCCGUGGACAGUGACGACGUGCGGCAGGCCGCUCGACUACUCCUACCUGGCGUGGACUGUGAGCCGCGGCAGCUGAAAGCGGACGAUUGUUUUUGUGCCACACGUAAGCUGGAUGCGGCCUCCACCGAGGCCAAGUUUCUGCAAGACCUGGGCUUUCGUAUGCUCAACUGUGGCCGCACCGAUCUGGUCAAGCAAGCAGUCAACCUGCUCGGGCCUGAUGGCAUUAACAGCAUGAGCGAACAGGGAAUGACUCCACUCAUGUACGCGUGUGUCCGUGGUGAUGAGGCCAUGGUGCAGAUGCUGCUGGAUGCCGGGGCUGACAUCAAUAGUCAGGUGCCCAGCUCAGUACACAGGCACCCCUCAGUUUACCCCGACACCAGGCAGGGGACUCCACUCACUUUCGCCGUGUUGCACGGACACAUCCCUGUCGUGCAGCUGCUGCUGGACGCUCAGGCCAAUGUAGAGGGAGCACUGCAGGAUGGAGCAGAGAACUAUGCAGAGACACCCCUCCAGUUAGCCUCUGCUGCAGGCAAUUUUGAGCUGGUCAGCCUGCUUUUGGAGAGGGGAGCAGACCCCCUGAUUGGCACCACAUACCGCAACGGUAUUACAUCUGCACCCUUAGGGGAUCUGAACUCAUACAGCCUUGCUGCAGCACAUGGACACAGGAAUGUGUUCCGGAGACUUCUCUCCCAGGUGGAUAAGGACAAGGCUGAUGUGCUCUCUCUUGAGGAAAUCCUGGCGGAGGGCUCAGAGGCCGGAGCAGAGAAGCGAGCGUCCCACUUGGAGGGCACCCUGCGGACAGGCAAGGCCAAACUGAGGGCCCUACGAGAGGCCAUGUACCACAGCGCCGAGCACGGCCAUGUGGACAUUACCAUAGACAUCCGCAGCCUGGGUGUACCGUGGACUCUGCACACAUGGCUGGAGUCUCUGCGGACAUGUUUCGUUCAGCAGCGGAGGCCACUGAUUCAAGGCCUACUGAAGGACUUCAGUUGCAUCCAGGAGGAGGAGUACACAGAGGAGCUCAUCACACAUGGCCUGCCGCUUAUGUUCCAGAUCCUCCGAGCCAGCAAGAAUGAAGUAAUCAGCCAGCAGUUAGCUGUAAUAUUUACCCAGUGCUAUGGGCCUUUUCCAAUCCCCAAGCUGACAGAGAUCAAAAAGAAGCAGACUUCCCGCCUGGAUCCACACUUUCUGAAUAAUAAAGAGAUGUCUGAUGUGACAUUUCUGGUGGAAGCAAAACCCUUUUAUGCUCACAAAGUGCUGCUCUUCACAGCCUCAUCCAGGUUUAAGUCUCUACUUUCCAACAGACCUGCUGCUGAGAACACUUGCAUCGAAAUCAGUCAUGUCAAGUACAAUAUCUUUCAGCUGGUAAUGCAGUACCUGUACUGUGGAGGAACUGAGUCUCUGCACAUCAGAAACACUGAGGUCAUGGAGCUCCUGUCUGCAGCAAAGUUCUUCCAGCUUGAGGCCCUCCAACGACACUGUGAGAUCAUCUGCUCCAAGAACAUUACUAUAGACACAUGUGUGGACAUUUAUAAACAUGCCAAGUUCCUGGGGGCCAGCGAGCUCUCUGCCUUCAUUGAGGGUUACUUCCUGAAGAACUUGGUGCUCCUGAUCGAGCUUGAGAACUUUAAGCAGCUUCUGUAUGAGCAGCACGCCGACAGCCCUGGCCCAGGCCCCUCUUCUGACAUCCUCCAUGACCUGGAGCGCACUCUAGCCGCACGCAUCCACUCCAUCCACCUCUCGUCCUCCAAGGGCUCUGUUGUCUAAUACCACGCGUCUAAGGUUUAUACCCACUGGGAUCUGCUGUACGGCCAUGGACUCCGCGUGGGCCCCUUUUUGUGUCACAGUUCAGGGGGGGUUUUGAUAGCAGUUUGAUACCUGCCGAGCCGUGGGCAAGUGGGACAUGCGUUGGCCCACUCAUAUUGUUCUCCUUUCCCAAGCCAAUGUCUGUGUACUGUUACUGCAAGGUUAACCUGCUGUUACCCCAUGCCAUUUCAAGGGCUGCAUCGUAUGUCUUUCUCCUAACAUCCUCAGCAUCACAGCAUCCUGGCAAGGUAACCCCUCCCAAACAGUACAAACACCAAGGUUUUGGCAUUCCCACCCCAGUCAUGCUCUUGAGCAGGUCUUGCGGACAAUGCAGUCUGUUCCAGAUGCAAGAGCCCGUGCUACCUGUUCUUUGAACAGGGUUUUAGUAGCUAUUUCUAGCACAUCAAAAUACUUUAAUUUCUAUUUCCUCUACCAUUUAUAUAAAGCAUUUAUUAGCCUGGUCAUCUGAUUUCUAUCUAUUUGCCCAGUCUUAAAUGUAUAUGGAACCAGAUGAGCGAGUGUUGUUAGGUAGGUAAUACCCAAUAUCCUCUAUGGCUCCUUCCACCAUUCACAUCCCAGGUGUAUACAGCUUCUCGAAAAAUGCUCUAGUCAUAGAUGCGUAAUGGUCAAAACAUUAUGCUAUUAUUUUUGUGGUGUUCAGCAAUUAUAUUGAAUAUAUUAUUUAAAUAAUGUGUAUGGUUUUACAUUGUUUGUAGCAAUGAAUAAUGAGUAGUUGCCAAACUUCAAACUAUGUGAAAACAAUUUUCACAGCAAAUUAUAGUGUGUAUUUUGUACAAUAAAAUAUGUCUCAUUUGGCAUCUAAUCACAUUUAAUGGUGAUUUUGAUCUGUAGUUGAUAAGUGAACUGUCUUACUGGAUUGGCUAACUGUGCUCUCCUAGGCAACCAAUUAUUUGCUAUCUUGUGGGAGAUCAAGUCCUCAAUGUCCCAGUUAUAGCCCAAAACUUUUAAUGACCCAUGAAACUACCACUGUGCGUAGUACACUGAAAACUGAGCAGCUGAUCCUUGCCUUGAGGGUUGUGUAAAAUCAGCAUUCUCUGUCAAUAAUCUGCAUGGGCCCUUUGCAGCCUACGUAUGACUUUUGUAAUAAAACACAGAAAGGGAAAAAAGCAGUGCUCUUCACCUUCACAAUGACCUGAUUUAGGGAUAGAGUGCUCUACUUGCAUUCCAAACUGUGGGCACAAAGUUCAUGCCAGUGUGGAACUCACCAAGAAGGGAUCUACUGUGCAAGACAUGGCAGCAAAUCUGUCUAAUAGUGUUUACAAGAAGAUGAUGCCAAUACACUGGUCGCCACCACUAUGACCAAAUGUAUAUAUUCCAGAUCACUAUCUUCCCCUCUGCUUAUAUGUGAUGCCAGCAUUACAAGUAUUGCUGUUUAAAUUGUGCAGUUCUGUUACUACAAACAAGCAUGUUCUGUGUUGUUUUGGUUUUCAUUUGUUUUUAUUUUCUAUAAGUAUGUCUAUAAUGUUUGGGAUGUAUGUUUGUAUAAAACUGUCCUGGGAGUGUAAUAUCUGUGUGUGUGUGUGUGUGUGUG